AUGGCGGUAGUAUUCGAACCAAAUUCGUUACCCAGUCAGAUACCGAAAAAGAGGAAGCGAAACGAUAUUGCCGGCCCGUCACACAGAGCCACAGGACAAAUUUUGCAUGAGCCUCUAUCAGUCGACAGCGAUCAAGAGAGCGUAAUUGGAAGCGAAGAAAUUGUCUCUGAAGAUGAAUACGCAUCGUUGUCAUCCCAAAAUUCUGCUAAACGUCGACGAAUCGAAGACGAUGCCGAAGACGAUGCCGAAGACGAGGUCAAAGCUUCAACGUCUAAAAAGAAGCCAUAUAAAUGCACAUUCAAAGACUGUAACAAGUCCUACUCGAAACCUUCGCGUUUGCAGGAACACCAGCGAUCCCAUACUGGAGAGAGACCAUUCGAAUGUAAUCAUCCCGGCUGUGGGAAAUCAUAUUUGCGCGAGUCCCACCUGCAAGCACACUCUCGAACUCACCAGCCGCACACUGCACGACCUUUUGUAUGUCCUGAACCGUCUUGUGGUAAACGUUUCUGGACAAGUACCCAACUCAAAGUGCAUGGGAAUGUUCAUGAUGGCUCUACCAAAACGUUCAAGUGUUCAGUUGACGGGUGUGAGGAGGCAUUUUCGAAGCAUAAUCAACUACGAUCCCACUUCGCCGAGGCUCAUUGUACUCCUGGAACGAAACCAUUCAUCUGUGAUCAUGAAGGGUGUUCCAAGUCUUUCCCCACGGCUCAAAAGCUAAAGUCGCAUAGCAAGACUCAUCAAAAAAAUCGCUACAUGUGCAGCGUCGGGGACUGCAUCACUGCCGGACCGCAAUAUUUCCAGACGUGGACGCAACUCCAAGCGCACAUUCGCGCUGCACACCCUCCAACUUGUCCUUAUGAAGGCUGCGAGGAGAAGACGUUUUCCUCACAGAAGAAUCUGAAAGCCCAUCUCAAAGUUCAUGAGGAACGAGGUCAACAAAAACUUCUUGAAGAUAGGAUGGAGACGGAUGUCGAGAUUAUUUCUCCAAAGCGAGGAGGGGAUACAGGUCGCGAUUGGGCUUGCGAGUGGGAAGGCUGUGACAAGGCAUUCAAGUCGAAAAAAGCAUUGACCGUUCAUGUCAAUGUCAACCACCUGGGUCAACGAAACUUUGUCUGUGACCACACGGAUUGCGGAAAGGCCUUUGGCUACAAGCAUCUUCUCCAAAGACACCAAGCCAAGCUUCAUGGUAUUCAUUCCUCUGAUCAAGAAGAGCCUGCUCCAGUCGAAGAGACAAUGACUGAGGGAGAGCAGUAUCCAUUCAUCGAGCAGCUCACCGGCAAGGCCUACAAACGCCGCAAAGAAGGCAAGAAGAUCAUUCAUUGUCCAUGGCCUGAUAUUGUGUCCUCUACCUCGACCGACUCUACACGCCUUCAACGCUGUGACGGACUUUUCCACCGAGUGUACGACGUUCGUCGGCACCUCCGUGCGGACCAUGGAUUGGAGAUGGAGAAAGAUGAGCUAAAGGCAUGGUUGAAAGACAAAAGUCGCUCGAGCGACGUGUAA